AUGAUGCCAUCACAACGGAAAGUGGCUGCAACUCAUGCUAUUGAAAUUGAUUUGGCACAUGAAUCGGGAUUAAGAUUAAAGCAAUCUUAUGAGCUUCUUAGUAAGCAAGUUGGUGGAUAUGAUAAUCUUGGUUUUACCAAGCAAGAUCAUAGAAACUAUUUAUGCACUAAGCGACAGAGAGACAUGAAGCAUGGGGAAGCUGCUAGCUUGGGAAGAUAUUUCAGUCGUCAACUUAAGGAAAAUCCUUCAUAUUAUUUCGCUACUCAAUUGGACUGUGAAGAGUUGAUUAAUAAUAUCUUUUGGGCCGAUGCAAGAAUGAUCAUUGACCAUAGCCACUUCGGUGAUGUAAUAACGUUUGAUACAACGUAUAGUACAAAUAGAGAUGCAAGACCACUUGGAGUAUUUUUGGGUCUCAAUCACCAUAGAGAAACUGUUGUAUUUGGAAGUGCACUUUUAUAUGAUGAAACGAUUGAAUAUUUUGUAUGGUUAUUUAAGACCUUAGAAGCAAUGUCUGAAAAGAAGCCAAUAACUAUUUUCACAGAUCAAGAUGCAGCAAUGUCAGCUACAAUAAAAGUAGUCAUGCCUAAGACAUAUCAUGCAUUGUCAUGUAUUUAUGAGUAUGAUGGUGAAGAUGAGUUUCUUACAGCGUGGAAUGAAAUACUGGAUAAGUAUGAUGUUCGUGAAAAUAAAUGGCUAAUUGGUCCAUUUAAAUUGAAGGAAAAAUGGGCCGAAGUAUAUGUUAAGAGAACUUUCACUGCAGAAAUGAAGACAAUCCAACUUAGUGAGAUUUUCAAUGCUGACUUGAAAGAUUGCUUGCGUAUUGAUCUCAAUAUAGUAGAGUUUUUCACUAAUUUUGAAAGAGUUGACAAUCAAAAACGGGAUAAGGAGUUAGAAGCAGAAUACAACUCUAGACAUAAAUUUCCAAGAUUGAGGCUCAAAGGCUCUCCUAUGCUUAACUAA